UUGAAGUUCAAGUUUUCAAACGUUUGGUACAAGUUUCCACAUCCCCAAGCCUCUCAUUCUCUCUCUCUCAAUCUAAACCUUCUUCACACUGAUUUUUCACCUUACUUGUCUUCAAUCCCUUAAACUUGAAUCAUUCAUCCACAACUCAUAAUCUCUACUUCUGAAUCUUUCAACCUUACUUGAAAUCCCCAGAAAGAAGGGGGAAAAAAAUCCCACUUCAAUGAGAACAAUCAAAUUCCCAUGCAGGGGAUUGAAUUACACUUUCUGUCUUCUCAGUAUUGCUGUGAGUAUUCUUCUGAUCACAACAGUUUCAAGAUUCAAUAUCCCAAAAGCUUCUUCUGUCACAGUCAACAAAUUGAAGCACUACAAUUCAAAGAGAUCGAUGCUGGUAUCAAAAGGAAAAGGGUAUCCACCAGUUCUUGCAUAUUGGAUUUGUGGGACUAAAGGAGAGGGAAAGAAGAUGAUGAGGCUUUUGAAGGCAAUAUAUCAUCCAAGAAACCACUACUUGCUUCAGCUUGAUGAUGCUUCUUCUGAUUCUGAGAGAUUGGAUUUGGCUCAAAUGGUUCAAUCCUUGAAUGUGUUUGAGGCAUUUGGGAAUGUUGAUGUGAUUGGCAAGAGUUAUGCCAUUAAUAGGAUGGGAUCUUCAGGUCUUUCUGCUGUUCUUCAUGCUGCUGCUUUGCUUCUGAAACUCAAUGCAGAUUGGGACUGGUUCAUCACUUUAACUGCUUCAGAUUAUCCUCUCAUGACUCAGGAUGAUCUGUUGCAUGCUUUUACUUUCUUACCAGAAGAUCUGAACUUCAUUCAUUUCACAAACAAGACAAUCCGGAAAGAGCAAACUGAUCUGAAUCAAAUAGUUGUGGACCCCAGUUUAUAUUAUGAAACCAGCACUGAUCUUUUCUUUGCGGUCGAGUCUCGAGAUCCUCCUGAUGCCUUCAAUAUAUCUGGAGGAUCACCAUGGAUGAUAUUUACAAGAGCUUUCAUGGAUUAUUGUGUGAGUGGAUGGGACAACUUACCUAGGAAGUUGUUGAUGUUCUUCACCAACAUGGUCUACCCUGUAGAGUCCUACUUCCACACAUUGUUAUGUAACUCCAUAGAUUUCCAAAACACAUCCAUAGACAAUUUCCUCAUGUUCUCUCUCUGGGACAUAGACCCUUCUGAGUCUCAGUUCCUUGAUCUCUCUCACUAUGAUUCUCUAUUGGAAAGUGGCGCUGCCUUUGCUCGUCCCUUUGCUGAGAAUGACUUGAUUCUUGAGAAGGUUGAUGAUAUGAUCCUUAACAUGUGUUCUAAUGGUCUUGUUUUUGGACAAUGGUGCUCAAAACCAGCCACCAAUCGUAAUAAUCACACCAUGGAUUCUUCUUCUUCUUCGAAAGAUGAUGAUGAUGAUGAUCAAGAAUUGUUGUUGUCUUUUGCUAAUAUUGAUUCUGUAAAGCCUGGGCUAUAUGGGAUCAAGCUUAGAACUUUACUUUCUGAUGUUGUUAAGAGGAGGGAAUAUAGUACUAAUCAGUGUAAAAAAACUUUGAAUCCAAGUGAAAUUAAAGUUAAUUAGUUUGAUUUGAUUCACAAGUUUAAUUAAACAAUGAGAGGUUAUCUUGUGAAGUUUUCUUUUUCCUCUGAAGUGAAGUGAGAAUGCUAAUAUUUGUAGGUGGAUUUGGCUUCCCUCUCCUCUUUUCUCUUCUCAUUUUUUAGUUCAAUUACUAAUUAUAGGAAUUUAAGUUUAAAGGAAAAUAUUAUUGUGCAUGUUUCUUGUUUACA